UCGAAUUCCACACACAGUGAUUUACAUUUUCGUAAUGGUUACUCUGAACUGUUAUUUAUGAACGUUGUGAUUAAAACGUGUUUCAGAUUGAUUGUCAGUGAUGGAGCACGGUUCGCACUCUGAUCAGAGUAAAUCUACUUUUUCUCUGGUUGAUGAGGAUCACACAUUUGCAAAUUCUGUCAGAUUCACCUUAAAUCAAGAUCCAAGAGUGACAUUUUGUGGGUACAGCAUUCCUCAUCCUUCAGAUAAUCGUGUUAAUAUCAGAGUCCAAACAACAGGGGAUCCAGCACGAGAAGUGUUAAAAGAUGGAUGUCAGGAUCUGAUGAUUAUGUGCCAGCAUGUUAGGAACACUUUUGAUAAGGCUGUCAAUGAUUUUAAAAUGACCAAGACUGUGGAGGAUAUGGAUACCAAAUAGUGUCUGUUCUAGACUUCUAGUUAUAGUUUUGAUAUAUGUAUUGAUAUUUGAUCUGGUUGUGUAUUUUUGGGCUUAACAGUUGAGUAUAUAAACUUGUUAUAUAUGUUUUCGGAAUCCAUGUUUGUUAGUGAGAAUAAUGAUUUAGAUGCAUCCAAUUUUGUAUAGGGUAUAAGGACCGAUGUGAGAGCUGCAAAAGUUUUUUGGUUGCAGUGAAAUGAGAGGUAUAAACCCCUUUUGUAUAUGAAUAUUUAUUUUACAAGGAA